UCGAGUUUUUGAUGGCUUCACAUCGGCUUCUUCCUUAACCCCGUCGACUCAUCUCUCCUCUUCCGUCCUCGUGGGAUCCGACCAUCGCGUGGAAUGGCCAACAGCAAUCUUCCUCGAAGGAUCAUCAAGGAGACGCAGCGGCUUCUCAGCGAACCAGCUCCGGGAAUAAGUGCUUCCCCGUCGGAAGACAACAUGCGCUACUUCAACGUGAUGAUUCUCGGGCCGUCCCAGUCUCCGUAUGAAGGAGGAGUAUUCAAGCUUGAGUUGUUUUUACCCGAAGAAUAUCCAAUGGCUGCCCCAAAGGUCCGCUUCCUCACCAAAAUUUAUCAUCCUAAUAUUGACAAGCUUGGAAGAAUAUGCCUAGACAUUCUAAAAGACAAGUGGAGUCCAGCUCUCCAAAUUAGAACAGUACUUCUCAGUAUUCAAGCUCUUCUCAGUGCCCCAAAUCCAGAUGAUCCACUUUCAGACAACAUUGCAAAGCAUUGGAAGACAAACGAAGCAGAAGCAGUGGAAACAGCUAAGGAAUGGACCCGUCUAUAUGCUUCUGGGGCAUGAAAUGGACAACACUAUCCAUUUCAUGACAGCUACAGUGGAGUUUUAACAAAAAGGUGCUGGUUGCUUUUGACAAAUGAAACCGUGAUCUUGGAUGCAUUACUAAAAGCUUUAGAUAUUUCAAUUUCCUCUGUUAUCCUAUAUGGUGUAUAUUGCUCUGAGGCUACCUCAUCCAGUUUGUAAGAGGACUCUGAAGUUUGCAAACUAAUAAGAACCAAGAAGCAAAUUCUUGCUUCGCCUGUGUGGGACUGCAGAAAUACCAUAGAAGGUGUUUUGAAGUCUUAAAGCACACAACAGAUUAACAGUUUAUAUGCUUGCCAGUCAUCUGCAAUUAUGCAGAUCCAAGAAUCCUAUGAGCAAAUGAAUACUCGUUAGAUUUCCAAAUUA